AUGGUUGAGCUGAAUGCAAAAAUCCGGCAGCAUCCUGCACCACCAACACCACCACCACCACCACAAUCACAGUUGCAUAAAAAGCUUCCUAGUCCAGAGUUUCUUUCUGAUGACAGAAGAAUAGACUUCAAUGAAAUUUGUGUUCGUCUAUGCAAAGCAUCGAUUAAAGGAGAUUGGAAAACUGCGGAAAUCAUCAUUCAAAUGACACCAGAACUGUUAUACUCUAGUAUCACAGAAAGAUGUGAAACAGCGCUUCAUGUUGCAGCAUUAGGCGAAAGCACCACUUUCGUAAAUAAUCUUGUGAACAUGAUGGAAGUCCAACACUUGCUACUUCAAACUAAAACCGACGACACUGCCCUCUGCUUAGCAGCUGCAGCUGGAAACGUGAAAAUGGCAAAGAUCAUGGUGGCUAAAAACAAAAACCUGCUCACAAUCCGUGGUAGUGAAGGAUUGGUGCCACUUUGUGUCGCUGCAUUUUAUGGGAAUUGUGAUAUGUGCGUUGAGUUUGAUCUCUUUGAUGCUGCACUUAAAAUAUUGGAAAACCAUUCAGACCUCGCUCAAAAUGGGACUAUACUCGGAGUUUUGGCUCAAAAGCCUUAUGCUUUUUACGAACCACAAACACAUAACAUUUGGAGAAUCGUCAAGUCAAGCAUUUGUUUAAAGGUAGGAGCUGAUGUAGGGGAAAGCCAGGCUAUGCAAGUACUAAGAAAGAUAUGGACAAGAGUUGUUGAAAGGCCAAAGUCUGAAGUAGAUAAUAUACUAAGAGGUCCGGGGACUGUGAUUAAUGGAAGGGUAACAUAUUCGUCUCAUAUAUUGUUUGUUGCAGCUGAAAUGGGAAACACAGAGUUUGUACUUGAGCUUAUUAGUAAAUAUCCUGAUCUUAUAUGGAACAACGAAAAUAAACGAAGUAUAUUUCACAUUGCUGUGUCUCAUCGUAAUGAGGGUAUCUGUUGGAAUCCUAAUUCCUCAUUUUACUCCACUCAUGUCUUCCACCCACAAAUAAAGUAG